AUUUCACUCGAGACGCAGCAAUGAUGUUGAGAGUUUUAGUUUUCUAUACUUAUUUCACUCGAGACGCAGAAAUAAUGUUGAGAGUUCUACUUUUUAUGUUUCACUCGAGACGCAGAAAUGAUGUUGAGUUCUACCUUUCUAUACUUCGCAUUUAUAAUUUUAUUUGUCUAGCUUUGUAAGAAGCGAAAACUCCUUAAUUUAUUUCAUUUUAUUUUUUUCAGCAUAAAUAUGGUAAAAAGGACUACUGAUGGUGAUAUAAGAAGAUAUCAGGAACGUCUGAUUUUUCGUGCUUUGCAACGACACAUAACUUAUUCUGAACAACAACCUCCUGAACUCAUAUCAAUGGAUCUUUCUGCAGGAGAAAUGCCAGAAGUAAUGGUAGAAGAAGAAGAAAAAAUCGCAGCACCAAUAAAAUCAACAGCUAAAGAAGUAGAGGCAGCGCCAACAGCAGCAUCAUAUGAAAACGAAGAAAAAAUGCAGUUUUCCCAAUGCGAAUGGUUAGAUAAUAUUGAUUUACAAUCACCACUUUCACCAUAA